AUGGCAUCACCCAAGGGAUUAUACUUACUGUUCGAAUAUGACGAGAAAAUGGACCGUCAACCUGUUAUACCAGGUUUGGUUUUUGAUGCAUCCGCUACUGUACGCUACAAUUUAUAUACAGCGCUAAGCACUUUACUGUGUAACUGGCCUCCUCAAGAAAGAUACCAAUAUGGAGAUCGCAUCUUACCAGUGAUAUUGUCAGGAACAUUGGACGAGCUUCCCGAUGUGCAGUCCACUUGUCGAGCAAGUCUAUCAAAAAUAGGAAAAAGCUGUUAUCAGGACUUGGUCCAAGCAGAAAUUAUUGAUGAUUCUCCCGUAAACGAGAAAGAUACAGAAACAAAAGGUUGGUUAAAAAAAAAAAAAAAUUUAAUGCUAUCCUGCGUGAGCUUAAGACUGUUUCUGAUGAAAAAAUAG